ACUAAUUUCAUCCUUCAAAUAUUUACUAUCAUCUUAACAAACAAGUUUGAAAGAGAGCAGGCGCCAUGGUUAUAUUUGUUGUCUGCGGGAGACUCAUUUCAUCACAUUUUAGUUUUCUUUCAUUUUCCUCACCGAGUGACUGAUGGCCGUAUUGUAACCAUAAUUGGACUCUAUUUGCAAUAGGAGCUUCAAUUGUUUUUCAAUUGUUACUCAAGAGAGGUGUUGUUUGGGCAGUGUCGAGCUUGGUGAUGUCAUGCCCUUCAUUUGUUCCUCGGGUAAAGCCUUGUUUUUCUGUCCCAACAUGUGUGUGUUGCCUGUAGCAAGUCAGUAAGUUCUGGCAUUAUGUAACUAGGCUGGUCCCUCCUUUGUGCCGGAAAGAUUUAGGGAAAGCCCUUGACAGGAAACUGAAUCAGAAGGUUAAUGGAAGGAUGGGUGAGGCUCAAGCUGGUUAAGAUACUGAACCGUUUGGUGUCAAAGUACUUCAUAGGUUUCUUGUACUUUUGGUUGUGACUAAAACAUUGACACAUGUAUUCCUGCCAAGCUACUGAACAGCUUAGAAAAGUACAAUUCGGCUUCAUCAUAGCUAAUUUUCCUAUAGUGUGGGGCCAUCAAGCCGAAAGGAAGAUGAGAAGAAGAAAAAAAAACAGUAAAGAAUGAUUAGAAAACAAAAAUAUAUAUUACAAAAAAUGUUCUUCAGUAAGGAGGACAAAGCCGUUUGCAGGUAAUAAUAUCAACAAGUGUAAUUAUACCAUGACAAUUAUUCAAAACUGUUAUUUGGUGCACUGUAUAAAUAUUUUAGUAAAAAAUUCUGAAUACAAAUCAUAAAACAAUGGAAAACCAUUCAUUUUUAUAGCCACAAAUGGAAAUAAGGAGGGUAUUAGGUACUAAAACAAGGUUUAACAAGUUAUAGAGUUAAGCUAGUAUCUACGGUUCCGAAGUAGUAACGAAAUAAAUAAUAUCCUCUGAUGGCUGAGGCGUUUUUGUCAUCACACGGACAUCCACACCGUAAAAUCAUAGUUGCAACCCCCUUUGCUAAAACAGGGGAAUAAUGAUCAUCGACUCUUUGUGUACUCAUGAUAAUCGAUAUUCCAGAGUUUUACGAGUUUACCUCAGUCCUUCUCAAAAAAGUGAACAGGAAGAAAGAGGUUUUUCACAUAAAGUCCAGACGAAUAGCUCAGUGAUCUGUUUGGUUGGAGUGUGAUUCACACAGGCCAGAGUGCAGGAAGCUCCCAGGUCAGUGUUCACCCUCAAAAUGAUGUGAUCGUUGCCAUAUGUAAAUUACAGACUGAAGGUGAUCCAUAUGUUACAUAAUCCACAACUGUUUCCAUUUAUAUUGAUUCUUCCUAUGGAAACCAGUGACUGGUCAAUGAGAAGCCAAGACUCAGUGAUGCAUGUUUAGGGUAAAGACUGACCUGAAGCAACUCUACGUCCUUACUGGACAGGAUUUAUAAUCCUAGUAGAAAUGGCAGACUGGUGAGCUCAAGUUCUACGCUAUUCUUGGCCAUUUCUUUUGAAAUGUGUUCCGGCCUGUGUGUGUCAUGUAGAACAUUAACUUACUUUCCUGCCUGUCAUUCCUCAUAUUAAGUCCAUCUCUGUAACAGUCCUGAUCCAGUUUGUUUAGCUGAAUGUCAUUAUUUUUCACUUCCAAUUCUCUCAGCUUUAAACACAGGCUGCGUUCCAUCAGGAAUGGGGCUGGUUUACAUACACAAAGCAGAUGUUCAUCCUUUGAAUCAGUGUUACUCGUGUCUGCUCGUGAUUAUAUCCAGGAGAGUAAAAGAACAACUGGCAUGCAAAUUAGAUUGUAAAUGGGCACAUGGGGAUUUACUCCCGAUUUUUUUCUUCAGAUUCAGCCAAACAAGAUGACACUUGAUGAGGCAUGUCGAGAGGAUUACCUUUGGAUAAAUGUCAAGAAUAGCUACAAUUAAAUAUUGUCAUGAUUUUCAUGAUUUGGAUUCCUCAUCUGUAUUAGAAAGAAAGAAAGAGGAAAUACCUGACUGGGGUUAUGAUGGGAGGAUUGGGGGGAAACCUGGUGUAAGGGCUGACAAAGAAAUGGGAGGAUGGUAAGUGCAACAACUUUGUCAAGCUUUGAAGUUGUUUUUUUUCUACCAGUGAAACAUCUGCUAAGUGAUACACCUUUCCCCGAAGCAACUGCUUAUGCCUCAUGACUUAAUACCUUGGGUGCGUUUCCUAACUUGGUUGCAUUCCUGUUGACUUUUCAUUCACACUUUGUGAUUGUCAGCUUUUUCUUUUUUGCCACCCUGCCACAGAAUUAUUACAUCAUCAUUGAAAGUUGAGGUUCUUUAGGUUUAAAAAAUGUUCUUAAGGAACUAUGACGACAGAAAAUCGUGCAUGUCUGGACAUACAACCGUGAAAAUUGCCUGACAUUCAGAGUGGAGUCAGUGCUUCCCUAUAUUUCAUGCAAGGUGUCAUUUUGAUUGCCUUCCCCUGGAGGUUUUGACUGCAUUUUCAGCUCAGCGGAGACCAGCUUCAGUCGGUAUCUGUUAGCCAAUGACAAUGUGAAUAUGUGGACGUCUUUCAAGCCAAAGUUCUCACUGCUUUAAGAGGAAACCCAAGCUCACACACGUAGACACUAUUUACUCUCAUCCCAUGUGCAUUCCUUCACAUUUUGCAGAGAAAAUCAGACUUCAAAUUCUGUUGAUCUUAUGCUGAUAACUAUUUCACACCUGAAACGCAACUGGCUGUUAUUGUUGUGUCUGCCAAAGUAAUGUUUGCUAAAAUAAUGCCAGCCUGUGAACUUUGAGCGCUUGUUGACUAACCUGGUCAAACAGUGACAGAGCAGCUGCCUGUGCUUUUGCUGUUAAUGUACAGUGAUGUGCGGUUUAAUAGUCACUAUUCAAGCAACGAGAGCUGAAAAGAAAGGAAACUGCCUCGUGAAUGAGUCCAAGAAAUCUGCAGUCGGAUCAUGCUUUUGCCCUGCAACACUCUGGAGGGGGGGUCUUCUGGCAAACACCGCUGAAAAGGCAGGGGAUUCCGAGCCGUCACAAAGAUGACAUCACAGCCUGGAUGGAAUAAAAACAAGCCAAACAAGGGAGUCCCGGCUUCCCCUCCUACACAGAGUUGUGAGCCAAGCCGCGAAACUCCUUGUUAUUUCACCCAGGAAGAGAAAGUCCUUAUUUGGAACCACAUUCCUCUCUGGUCUCCAUGGUGUUAGCUUAGCCUCCUGUGCUUACUAAGGACAACGGCAAACUACUGAACGGGCUUUUCUGUCCUCUUCCAACGAUGGAAAACGAUAGUAUCGUUCUCUGCUACUUGAUCUGACUUCUCUCUGUUCAUCCUGCCCUCCUCAUUCUUUCCUCUCUCUCUUCCUCUCCCUCCCACUGCCUCUCCCCCUCUUCUACUCUGUCUCUCUCUCCACUGUCAGUCCAUUGAAGUAGAAGACUGAGAGAUGAAAGAGAAGAACCCCUGGCACACUCCUGUGACCAUCAUCAUCACUGUGAUUGGCGUCAUAGCGAUAGUUGCCUUGGUGACGGUUGCGGUGUUGCAGAACAAGCCUCUGCCCCAAAAGUAUAAGUAUGGGAUCGUGCUGGACGCCGGCUCGUCGCACACGGCUCUAUACAUCUACGAGUGGCCGGCGGAGAAAGACAACAACACCGGGAGGGCUCAGCAGAAGCAUUCCUGCAAAGUCAAAGGUCCUGGUAUCUCUAGCUAUGCCUCUGACCCUCAGAAAGCAGGGGAGUCCCUGACAGCCUGCAUGCAGGAUGCUGUCGCCUGGGUGCCCAGCAAACGCCACCAAGAGACCCCUCUUUAUUUGGGCGCCACCGCUGGGAUGCGUCUAUUAAAUAUGGAGGACAGUGUGGCGUCUGACAAGGUCUUCCAGGCUGUCAGCAAUACCCUGCAGAAAUUCCCGUUUAACUACCAAGGGGCAAGACUCCUCAGUGGACCAGAGGAGGGGGCCUUUGGCUGGAUCACGGUCAACUACCUGGAAGAUCGUCUCAAGCAGGGCUUACGGACCACCGGGGCUCUUGACCUCGGCGGGGCCUCCACUCAGAUCAGCUUUGUAUCAGAUAAUUUUGACGGAUCUGAAUCUCCCCAAAACUUCAUGACUUUCCGUCUCUACGGCAACGAUUACAAUCUGUACACGCACAGCUUCCUGUGCUACGGGAAAGACCAAGCCCUCCGAAUGACUCUUGCCCACCAGACACAGUCAGGUCCAGCAUCGAUCUCGGACCCCUGCUUCCUCUCAGGCUACUCGGAGACCAAGAACUAUUCCAUGCUCUACAACUCCCCCUGUGUGUCAGACAGGAAACCUUCACUAGCACCGGUGACCUUCACGCAUAAUGGGAGGGGAAACUUCCAACAAUGUCAGGAAGCUGUCCUGCGUGUUUUCAACUUCACUAGCUGCAAAUACAGCCAAUGUUCCUUCAACGGGGUCUACCAGCCUCAAGUGGAAGGCCCAUUUGGGGCGUUCUCCGCGUACUAUUUUGUGAUGAACUUCCUCAACCUGACGGACACAUCCAUGCCUUUGGCACAAGUCGAGGAAAAGCUUGCGAGAUUCUGCUCUACCCCUUGGCAGCAGAUAAAGGAGCAGUAUAAAGGAGUGAAUUUGAAGUAUUUGGCCGAGUACUGUUUCUCCGGCACGUACAUCGUCACCUUGCUGACUAAAGGAUACAACUUUACCUCAGAAGCAUACUCCAAGAUUAAAUACAUCAAGAAGAUCAAGGGCAGUGACGCAGGGUGGACUCUGGGCUACAUGUUGAACCUGACCAACAUGAUCCCAGCGGAAGCUCCAGACUCACCACCUCUUCCUCAAGCUGGCUACAUAUCCAUCGUCACGCUGAUGGCCAUACUGCUGUUCAUCCUCUUCAUCAUCAGCCUGCGGCCCCUGUGGCACCGCUGCAUCAGGCCAACACACAUUAUUUAAACACACACAGACGUGAGCGCCAGGUAGUAAUCGAGUGUGACGUCAAAGGUCAACGCCUGCUGAGGAACCAGAGUUUGAAAUCACUGCAAAGACAUUGAAGGACAUGUGCUUUGUUAAUGGCGGAGUUUUACUCCGACCGAAGGACACUUCCGUGAGCGAGUGUGUGUCUGUGUGUUUGUAUGCCGUCUGCAUGUGAAUGUCUCCUCAAGUAUGUGAAUAGCAAAUUGUAUAAAUCAACAUAUAAACCCAAGUUUAUACAUAUUUAAUCUGCGCUCUAUUUAAAGCAACAACUGCAGAUUUGUAUUUUUUCUGAUGUCGGGAGUGUAGAGGAGUACAUCUUCAUUUCAGGAAAAAUAAAUGUAGGCGUCAUAUUUCUUCCAAGUUUCAUGAUGAAAUGUCUUUUUCACAGCAAAAAUAAAGUUUGUGUUACUUUUCUUUUCUUCAACUGAAAAGCAUAUUUGUGUCAACAAAUAAAAGGUUAUUAAACAAACAGCAGAAAUUGAACUAAAUUGAGUAACAUAUAUUUUGUUUAAAGACUGUUCUUGCCUUUGAUGAAUUAAUGCACUAAAAGAGGAAGGAAAAGGUGACAAAUGAAAGUCUUGAGCCAAAGACUUCUUUUUAGAUGAUGAAAAAAUAUACAGUAGCGCAAGAAAAUGAACUUAAUAAAUCAAUAUGUAGUUGAGAGGACAACAUGCUGGCAAAACACGGUUCUUAAACGUUUUAAUCAUCUUUAGAAAUAUAGCCAUCCAUAAUAAAAGUCCUAGACAUAAACGUCUGAGCAGAUAAAUCCAUUUCAACCAUUACACUUUGGUAAAUAACAAAGCUAACUUUGCUAAUUCACAUAGUAAACAUCUAUGUACGAGUUCACUCAUUUGAGGAUGUGUUCGAACGAAACAAUGACGCGCAGAAUAAGUUUGACCUUUCUCAAGAAAUGCUACCAUCUAGUGUUCAAUAACUAUACUUGCAACGUAAAUGUCUUU